AUCUUGUGGCUGCUGUGCCCAAUCUCUCUCUCUCUCUUUCUCGGCUGCUGCUGUGUGUUGUGUGUGAGAGAGAAAGAUUGGGAAGACGUGGCCACUCUCUCUGUGUAUAAAUACUCCAAACCCUCCAACAAAUAAACCUCAAAAGAGAGAGAGAGAGAGAGAGGAAGUGUGUGUUUUAGAGAGAGAGGGAGAGAGAUGGGAAGAUCUCCUUGUUGCUCGAAAGUGGGGCUAAGGAGAGGACCCUGGUCUACCAAAGAAGACACCCUUCUCUCCAAUUAUAUCCAGCAACAUGGUGAAGGCCAAUGGCGUUCUCUCCCCAAGAAAGCUGCUUAAUUUGAAGUUUUUAAUUACAGGGCUGUUGAGGUGUGGGAAGAGCUGUAGGCUGCGGUGGAUGAACUAUCUACGGCCGGGGAUUAAGAGAGGGAACAUAAGCGAAGACGAGGAGGAUCUAAUCGUACGCCUGCACGGGCUGUUGGGAAACCGAUGGUCCCUGAUUGCGGGACGAUUGCCAGGUCGAACGGACAAUGAGAUCAAGAACUACUGGAACACUCAUCUUCUCAAGAAGUUGAAGACCGCCGGAAUCCACCCCAAGCCCCACAAGGAUCUUCCUAAACCCACCAGGAACAAGAAGCCGGCCGCCGCCUCCGGUGGAGGAAAGAAGAAAAAGAAGCAGAAGAAGACCGAGAAGUUGACGACGGCCAGCGGAGCAGAGGAUAUUGGUAAUAAUGAUAGAAAUGGAUCAGAAGAAAAUAUUAUUAGUAAUGAUCCUCCCAAGACGAAAGUGUAUCUACCGAAACCGAUUAGAGUUUCGUCGGUGUUCCCCAGGACCAGCAGCUAUGACAGCUUGGUGAGUGGGUCGUCGAGCACCGAGGGCGGCAGCGUAGGGGCGGAGAAGGCACCGGAGGUAGCGUCGUACGUGCCGGUGCCGUGGCCGCCGCUGUUCGAGAUAGAAGAUGCGGAUUACGGGAUGUGCGACGGCGGCGAUGAUUUUCUGGGGGUGGGUUGUAUUCUGCCGGUGGUCCACCAGCAGUCGGAUUCGAUUUCCGACGAAGUGAACAUGUGGGAGAAAGUCUAUGAUGAGUAUCUGCAGCUUCUGUAGAGUGAAAAAUAUAAAUAAAUAAAUAAACAAACACAAUGCUGCAGUGUUUAAUGAUCAUUUUGUGUGUAUUAAGUUUGGUAAUUAGUAAUUAAGAGUUGUUGGGGUUCCUUUCUUUUACCUUUCUCCCCUUAAUUAAUUAAUUAAUUAAUUUGUGUAUAAUUAAAGAGUGUUUGGAUA